AGUUUAUACAGAGAAUCUUUUGAAAUAGUGGUACGGGUGGCGAAUAAUAUUUUCCUUUUAUUGUCUUGCAGAUUGCAGCCAUGGGCCGACGACCAGCCCGCUGUUACAGAUACUGUAAAAACAAGCCAUACCCGAAGUCUCGAUUCUGUCGGGGUGUGCCUGACCCAAAGAUCCGAAUCUUCGACUUGGGUAGGAAGAAGGCCAAGGUAGAUGAGUUCCCCCUUUGUGGUCACAUGGUAUCUGAUGAGUAUGAGCAGCUUUCAUCUGAGGCUCUUGAAGCUGCUCGCAUCUGUGCCAACAAGUACAUGGUAAAGACUUGUGGCAAGGAUGGUUUCCACAUCAGAGUCAGACUUCAUCCUUUCCAUGUCAUCCGCAUCAACAAAAUGUUAUCCUGUGCUGGAGCUGAUAGGCUCCAGACAGGGAUGCGUGGUGCAUUUGGAAAGCCACAGGGAACAGUGGCUCGUGUCCAUAUUGGCCAGGUGAUCAUGUCUGUCCGAACCAAGGUCCAGAACAAGGAGCAUGUCAUUGAGGCACUGCGCCGUGCCAAGUUCAAGUUUCCAGGGCGACAGAAGAUUCAUAUCUCCAAGAAAUAUGGAUUUACCAAGUUCAAUGCUUGUGACUUUGAUGACAUGAUGGCUGAGAAGAGACUGAUUCCUGAUGGUUGCGGGGUGAAGUACAUCCCUAACCGUGGGCCCCUGGACAGGUGGCGUGCCUUGCAUGCUGCUUAAGCAGCCAACAGCAGUUGAAAUUCUACAGUUAAGUUUCAGUGAAUUUCAAAACAAAUAAAAGUUUCAAAAUUCAAAA